AUGAGUGCUGGAUAUGCACCUGUGCUGGAUAUGCACGUCCGCUACCUGGACGUCAGCAUCCUGGGCAAGUUCGCUGUUGUCAUGGCUGACCCCCCCUGGGAUAUUCACAUGGAGCUCCCCUACGGAACCCUGACGGACGAUGAGAUGCGCAGGCUCAACAUCCCCAUACUGCAGGAUGAUGGCUUUCUCUUCCUCUGCGUCACAGGCAGGGCUAUGGAGCUAGGCAGGGAAUGUUUGAACCUCUGGGAUUAUGAAUGGGCAGAUGAAAUUAUCUGGCUGCGUGCUGCCCUGCCAGCUGUCUCCGCUCCUCAGAUUGUCACUGGCUGCUAUGUAGCAGGUGCAGCCUGGUCUCUUAUUGAGUCUUUAUUCCACAAAGGCAACGACUGGCCAAGGCAGUGGCUGGCCCUGGAUUACACAAGUGCAGACACUCAACCAAGUGAGCUGGAAGACCCAGGUGAAGGCCGAGGCUCAGGUGCCCACAUGAUCAGCACAGCCAGGGUACCUGCGGAUAAGCCAGUACGCAUUGCUUUCAGCCUCAAUGAUGCCGCAGAUGAUGCGCCUGCUGAAGACACCAUUCCUCCGGCCUUUCCAGAACUAGACCAGCAGCUACAGCCCCUGCCACCUUGUCAUGACUCCGUGGAGUCCGUGCAGGUGUUCCAGCAGCACUGUCAGAUCGCAGAAGAGUACCAUGAGGUCAAAAAGGAGAUCGCCCUGCUGGAGGAAAAGAAAAAGGAGCUCAUUGCCCGGCUGGAUCAGGCCGAAAAGGAGAAGGUGGACGCCGCGCAGCUAGCCCGGGAGUACGAGGCGCUGGCCGAGGAGAACCGGACGCUGAAGCUGGCGCAGUCGCAGUGUGUGGAGCAGCUGGAGAAGCUCCGGAUACAGUAUCAGAAGCGACAGGGCUCGUCCUAGCUCAUGGCCAAGUGCUCCCCGAGAGCGGCAGAAGGGGCGGCUGCGGUGCGCGGGCCAGAGCUUUUGAUUUCGAAGGGAUGAAAGUAAAAUCUACCCUGACUUCCCUUCAUCACCCACACGGCAAAUGCCUAUUAUGAGUUUCGUGCUUGCCAGCUUCUAGCCUGAGAGAAAGAUUUCUUUUUUUUUUUUUAAUUUUAAAUAAGAUCAUUAAGUUGAACCGUGCCCAUGAUAUAUGUUUAGAGAUCACAAUUCUUUCCCAAAGAUCUAGGUAUAUAGCUUUGGAAAAGAAAAAUAAUUUCUUAUUUAGGAAGGCAUAGUCCAAACGUACAUCAGGGGCAAGAUGAUGAAAAUAAAGUCGUAAUGGUCCCACUGAGUCAUGAGCCGGGCAGAGUUAAGCCAUGGAAAUUACGCACGGAAAGCUCACUGCAGUUCACCAUGUGUGUAUGUUACAUUUUCAUGCCUUUAAUGUUUGGCCACCAGGAACUUCCCUGUAUAGAUUUAUGUUCACCAGAGUCAGAUUAAUCCCUUACUGAUUGAUUGUACUCGGAAGAAAUGAUCAUGUAUCAAAAACGCUUUCUCGUGAAAAUAGGAGCAGGCAGCAUGUUUGUGCCCACAGAGCAUUGGCCAGUGCUGACUUGCUGUUGUAAUAAAAAACCAGAUACGGUUUCGUUUCCUUCUCGUCGCUUUAUAUCACGCUCGACAUCUCUGCCUUGCUUGUUGGGUCUUGGGGCACCGGGGACAGAGGAAGGCAUCAUCGGACUGUACCUCUGAAAGCUCUCAUGAAAGCAGCAGUCUCAUGUCAUUUUGCUUUGGAUUUUUGGAGAGCUUUUGAAUCAGUAAUAACUAAUAGGAAUCCAUGAGUAAAUCGAGGGUUACAAUUAUUUUUUCCCUGCUCUACCUAUCAUAUUUCCUCAAAUUGAUCUCUUUGUUAUUUGUCCAUUUCUAUUCAUGUAACUUUUUCAUUAAACAUGGAUCAAAACUG